AUGGACAUUCAAGAAAAACUGCACGAGGUGAAGAAGCUGCUGGAGCUGCAAACCUGCAAAAAGGACGAAUCGAGGGAAAGUCUGAUAAAGCUGAUGAGGGAAUUGUAUUUGGCAUAUAUGCUUCACCGGACUGAGGAGCAGAGAAGUAUAAAAGAAAAGGCCAUUCUGCGCCUUCUGCUUGUCCAUGUGGACAGCGAAAAUCACACGAGCAAUAGGGAAAAAAUCCUAAUGGUCAAUUUAAUAAGGCUAAUUGAAAAGGAUGCCAUGGAACUUUUUUCGUGCUAUCCAAACAUUUGGAAGGGAAAUAACUCCCCUUUUUUUUUUUACAUUUUGGCGGCACAACAUGUUGAGAAAAAUUUGAGUACCAGUUUUUUCUCCCUCCUUAAAAUCUCAAACUGCGCUUACAAAAAUAUGUACAUAGCUUUGCUGCUCUUCAGUUCGAAGGACUUUGAAACGAAAAUGAGAUGCCUGAAGUAUGUUUUUAACCAAUGUGUGCUGAUGAGUGAUGGGAAUGCACAUGAAGGGAAGAAGGAGGUCGGCCAAGUAGCACGCACGAUUUCCUUUACCGAAGCAACACACUAUUUCCACUUUCUAGUGGAAGAAAACGAACCUAUAUAUGUUGAAAGACAGAUGAGUUGCUUUUUCUUUUCUGUGAUAAAUGAUUUAAUCAGGCAGGACUACGUGGCUUUGCUGAGGGAGAGGAAAAGGGAGAACGACGAACUUCGGUUGAAGCUCCUGGUGAAAGGAAUGAGCAAGGAAAAGUCAAAAACGAAAAAUAAAUACGUGCAUGACCUAAUUCUCUACACUUCCAGUAGAAACAUUUUAAGUGCCUACUUUAACAACAAUGAGGAUGCCAUUAUGAGUGAGCAUCUGAGGGGGGGUGAACAAAAUUUGGGUAAGAAACAGCACGCAGAGGAGAGCCGAAAAGGGGAUUGCUCCAAUGGGUAUUGCCUCAACGGGGAAGGAAGCAAAAAAUUAAGCACACCUAAAAGGGGAAGCACACACUGCAACGGAGCAGCAGAGGAAGAAGCAACCCUAUGCUCUACCAUUGAAAAGCACUACGAUGUAGACUUCCUCAGAGGCAUUUUCUUAUAUGUAAAAAGCAUGAUAAAUUGUUAUUACGACAUUUUUGUAAAGGAGAAAAAAGGCAGCUCGGUUGAGAUGAGGAGGAAUUACUUCACCUGUUUCAUGAACCAUAGUAUAACCAUCUUGAUCCACAUAUGCUUGUUGGACAAUAACUUUAUCAGCAGCUGUUAUGAAUUGAUAAAGGAUGUUAAAAAGAAAUUUGAAGUUCACAUGAACACAUCUAUCAUCGUUCCUAUGGCAAAAUUUAUUUUAUUUUUUUCCUCACCCGAGAAAUUUUUUCAAGUGUCUAAUUAUCUCCUUACCCAUUUUGUAAUGGAAUUUAAAAGCUACCUUGCAGCCGUAACCUUGUUUGACUUCAUCAUGAGCAAUAUUAACAUUCUUCAUCAAAGGAAAUUUUUUUUUAAAAAAUUUUGCUCCAUCCUAUUGAAGACCUAUUUUUUUCACCACCAUAUUUUCAAGCAUGACUUGAUUGCCCUUUUGCCUUGCUUAAUCGAUGAGAAUAAUUACAAAGACGUUUUUUAUUUCCUUCUCUACGCCCCCGUGUUAGUGGACCUGGAUGAAGUGGAAAGUACCGGAGAGUUGAAUUCACCAAAAGGAGGAAGCAGACUUUCUCCUACGGGUAGCGAUUUGAGGGGUACCCACAAAAAAGCGGUGCUCAUCCAGGACUUAAGCGGGCUCACAUUACACGGAGACACGAAGAACAAGCGACGCAUGGAGGACAUACGAGAGAACAUGCACAAAUAUUUCAGGGCCUACUUCGAGACGGUCCUGAUGAUCGGCGCGGGUGGCGAUCGGAGAGGCAGUGCAUGUGGCGAUGGGACGGGAAGCUGCCCCCCCUGGAGGCACGAACUAACAAAAAUCAUUUUGCUCAGGUUGGCUUGCCCCGACAUUCUAAUCAUACUAAAUAAGGAAAGCAUAAAGGAGAUGCUCAAACAUAUUAGUCACUCAGUUCGCUGCAAUCCCAAUCUGUUGAUUCUACUGAAGGAUGAAUUUGUACAAUUAUUACAAAAUGAAUCUUCCAUGUACUACCACUUGGUGAGUGAAAAAGUGUUGCAGAUCGUCGCGGAGAAUACGAAACGUAUGAACAUUACUUAUGGUGACAUUGAAAAGUAUUACGUCACUUUACAUUCUUUUUUCUCUGGGGGAAAUUACAAGGAGGUAAAGUUUUGGGUGUCCUUAAUUCAUGCCUUUACCAACAUAGCCGUAUACUGCCACGACUUUGCUGAAAGCGUUUUACGUGUGUACGCUGCUUUUCUUUCACGGAGCGACGUAACUCUAAUGCUCAAGCACAUCGUCACUGAGCACGUGGGGAUGAUAAAGAACGUGUCUUAUGCAAAGGGAGAGUUUUUUUCCUAG